AUGGGAUAUUCUUCUCAUAAAGGAAAAUGGUAUUUUGAUAAGGAAGAUUUCAAAUAUACUCCAUCUGUUAGUGAUGGAUGGAGUUUAGAAAAAGAACAAAUAGACAGAGGUAAAGGCGUUAAUUUCAUUAUACAAGUAGGGGCUAGAUUAAAACUACCUCAGCUUACACUUUCUACAGCAGCCGUUUUUCUUCAUCGCUUUUAUAUGCGUUUUUCAUUAGCUAAAUAUCACUAUUAUGAAAUUGCAGCAACAUGCAUUCUUUUAGCCACAAAAGUAGAAGAAUCAUGCAGAAAGUUAAGAAAUAUAAUUAUUGCAUGUGCGAAAGUAGGACAGAAAAAUCCAAAUCUUAUAAUCGAUGAACAAUCCAAAGAAUAUUGGAGAUGGAGAGAUGUAAUAAUAUAUAACGAAGAAAUAUUGUUAGAAGCAUUAUGUUUUGAUUUAACAAUUGAUCAUCCAUAUAAAGAUCUUUUAAAAUAUAUAAAACAUUUUGGAGGAGAACAAAAUACAGCCAAAUCAGCAUGGGCAUUCGUAAAUGAUAGCAUUAGAACCGCUAUUCCUGUAAUUUAUCAACCUCAUAUUAUUGCAGCUGCAGCCUUUUAUUUUGGAGCUGAACAUACAUCAGCAGUAAUUAAUUCUAUAGGAGACAAAUCAUGGUGGGAAGUUAUAGAUAUAGAUAUUAAUGAAAUAAAAGAUGUUUGUAAAAUUAUGACUGCUCUUUAUGAAUCUAUACCAAUAAGAGGAUCAAAUCCAAUAUUACAAUCAAAUAUUGCAAAAAUAUCACUACAAAACAACUCUAACCAGCAAUCAAAUCAGACAAAAGAAUUGUAUCAUGAUCAAAAUAAAGGAAUUAAACGUAAAACUCAAAACUUUAUUUUAGAAUCUGAAAAAAACGAGAAUAAAAAAAUUUAUGAUAGCUUUAAAAAUGAACAAAAUAUUAAAAAACAAAAACAAUAA